GUUUGUGAGACUCACCCCAUUAUUUCUCUUUUACGGAUAGUGAUCGGCCUAGCGUGCAAUCAUCAACACUUAUGGUUCACCGCGAAUAGGUUGAAGAUUUCAAUGGCAAGUGAAAGCGAUAAUCCAACUCCAACUCUUACUCCUAAUGCUACUGCUACACAGUCUACUCCUAUUGGCAUGCCGUCAUCGUCACCAACACCAACUACACAGCAAACUAUAAUCUCCACUAAUGAAAGUGAUGUUGUCAAUUCUAAAAAACGGAAAGCACUUCCAUCGAGGUCUGAAGUUUGGAAACACUUCACCAGAUUUGUCAAUGAUCAAGGUGAACAAAAAGCUAGAUGUAAUUAUUGUGAUAGGGUACUUUUUGCUAAUACUAAAUAUAAUGGCACAACUUCAUUGAAGAAUCACAUGAAUUCUUGCAAAAAGUUUCCUAGUUCUGCUAAUGAUUAUACUCAAAUUGAGUUAGCUUUUCAAUCGGGGGAUGGUUUAAUAGGAACUUGGAAAUUUAGUCAAGAAGCCAUUAGAAAGUCUCUAGCUAAGAUGAUCAUUAGAGAUGAGUUACCUUUCAAAUUUGUAGAAAGGGUAGGAUUUAAGGAAUUCGUGGCAACUUCAUGUCCUAGAUUUAUUGUGCCAUCAUGAUGGACUGUUGCUAGAGAUUGCUUUAACCUUUUUGUUGAUGGAAAACCAUUUCAAGCAUAUAUUGAGAACAUCUUCUUUUAAA